AUGCGUAAUUGCAUUUUUACAGGCUUCGGAGAUUUAUCGCAUUCUAUUUCAUACUGCACUUGGAUACUACUUCAGCACUACUUAAAUGAUUACUUAGGUACAUGGCCGUUUGUGUCUAAAAGACCGAUGAAUACAGGCGAUUCCCAAAUUCUGUAUUCCCGACCUACCUAUCAAGCUUGUUCAAUGAAUCAAGGAACUUGGAAAUCAUUGCUACAGAAGUCUUUAAUUGGGUUCAAUGUUGUACGGUUCUUUGCUCAAUUCUUCCUGACCCCCACCCGUGAUUGA